AUGAAAUUAAAAGUGAAAGAAUUUAACAAUUUCUGCUUCAGAGAAGAUUUGAGGGUAUGGAACAAAUGGUAUCGGAUGGCGUGGGAUCUGGGGAACAGAGUAGACAGAGGACCGUUCUCCAAACCAGGGGCUCAAGCUGGCGACGAGUGGCAGCGCGUUAUCGUGGAAGACCGUCGCGACACGUCUCAGUCACUUUUCUCGGAUUGGUGGAGUAAACUUACAGAGCUGCCGCACGUAGAUUCUGACAUUUACUGUCUGGCUGUCGGGAGCAGCUCCAGCUCAGCAUCCCCCGCGAAUCCAGCGUGCGGACGUCUCUUGCGUGCCAAAUCGUCAAAAGAGGUGUCCCCCGUUGAAGCGGCGGAAUCAGUUGUUGACGGUAGCGUGAGUGGUGGCCCUCUUGCCCAAAGCCUCGUUGAUGUUUAUGGGCUCGCGUGCAGUAUACGUGCCUCCACUCGUAAAAGAUGUUCAUUCGGAGGUGACGUCGAUACAUUUACAUUACAGCUACGACACACCAGAGACGUUGCGCUCUUAUAUAGCUUCUAA